UAUAAUUCUUUUUCGUAUAGUAUAGAGCACAUGGACAAUAGUGAAUGCGUGAGUUCUUUCCACUGUGAGCUAUCAAGUUGGUUGUAUCGUGUCCGAUAGCUCUUGAUAUCGUGUCACAAUGACGUCAAAAGUAUCACGUGAUACGCUUUAUGAGUGCGUAAAUGGUGUGCUCCAACACUCACAGGAGAAGAAACGUAAAUUCUUGGAGACCGUUGAAUUACAAAUCGGAUUGAAGAAUUAUGAUCCACAAAAAGACAAACGUUUCUCUGGCACCGUCAAAUUGAAGAACAUUCCACGACCCAAGAUGCAAGUAUGUGUAUUAGGGGAUCAACAGCAUUGCGAUGAAGCUAAGGCAAAUAAUAUUCCAUACAUGGAUGCUGAAGCUUUGAAAAAACUUAACAAAAAUAAAAAGCUUGUUAAAAAACUUGCAAAAAAAUAUGAUGCAUUCUUGGCCAGUGAAUCGUUAAUCAAACAAAUUCCCCGUUUACUUGGUCCAGGAUUGAAUAAAGCGGGUAAAUUCCCUGGUCUAUUAUCACACCAGGAAUCGAUGAUGGCAAAGAUUGAUGAAGUUAAAGCAACUAUUAAAUUUCAAAUGAAAAAAGUACUCUGCUUGUCUGUAGCAGUUGGUCAUGUUGAAAUGUCACCUGAUGAACUUGUACAAAAUGUUCAUCUUUCAAUAAAUUUCCUUGUAUCAUUGUUGAAAAAACACUGGCAAAAUGUGCGGUCAUUGCACAUCAAGUCAUCAAUGGGACCUCCACAAAGGCUUUAUUAGUUUUAAAUGUUGUCUACCAUAUGAUUAAUGCCAUUGUCACAUGGAAAAAAAAAUAAAGCAAAGAAAAAUAUAUAAAAA